AAACAAAUACUUAUUAGGGUUUAAGGCAGUGUGUUGUCACAAACAAGGGUUUAAGCAGUUGCAGUUUCGUUGAAGCUUUGAACCCUUUCUUUCACACACAGCACACAACAGAGUCUCCCCUUCGGCGUAGCAGCGGCAUCUCCUCCUCUCCACUCACACAAUUUUCCCCCUCUCAUCAUUUAAACUAAUUUUCAAUUUUUACUUAUAUAUAUAAAUUAUAAUUUUCUUUCUGUUUUUCUGUGUUUACCCUGUUACGUGUGGUGCAAAGUUUUCUUUUCAGGGUUUAAUGGCGUUAGAUGGUAGCUUUAAUGUGCAAGCUUCGCUUCGGAGGUUUCUUGAUAGAUGCCCUAAACUUGAAUCACUUCCGAAGUUUGAUUCUUUAGCACACAAGGGACAGUUGAUCACAGAAGAUGAAGUAGUUGAUAUGUUGGUGGGGGUGUUUCUUCACCCCAAUUAUACAAUUCCUUUGAUGGGGUGUUUCCGUCCAAUUGCUCGAAAUUUUGUAGAUAAAGCUAUUGCCUUGCUUCGUCUUGUACAGAAUUUGAGUUCUAAUGCUGAGGAUACUGUUCUGGAAAAUGAAGUUUUGGAUGAAGUUGUUGAUGUCAUAGAGUUUUAUAGUAAACGAAAAAGGGGUUUAGAUCUCCAUGAGCAUGCUUGUUUGGCCUUCUGUCGUGCUUUUGACAUGUUUCCUUUUUUACUGAGUUCCAUAUUAAGGUAUUUUGAUUUUGCUCCUCCUCCAUUUCAGAGACUUUUAGGGAAACAAGUUAAGGUUGAGAUCCAUGCGUUGUGUGUUUACCGAAUAUCAUACCGCCUCCUCCUAGUGGAACCUGAUUUUUUCUCAAAGCGUUGGGACUGGUCUUAUUUUUUGAGUCUUAAAAAAGAGACUCAAAAACCGGACCUUGCAUGGUGUGCAGUACAAAUAUUAGGAGUUUUGCUCAAAUUGGGUUAUAAAGCUACAGAAAGCUUGAGUAUUGGAGCUGAGGAAGCAUUUGUGUGCCUAUUACGGUGGGAAGAGUUCUGUCAGGACACAUCACUAGAGAAAGCUAGCUGGUAUAUUGAGCCAGUUCCAGAUUCUGUGUCUGUUUCUCCCAACAAAAGCACAGAUUUUAAUGGAGAGUCCUGUUCACAAUCUUUUGGCUUUAACUCUCUGUCUGUUAGCUCACCAAAGUGUCAUGAGUUGCCGCCACCUUUUAAGAGUCAACGUGUGGUUAAAGGGGCUGGCAUAUCAGGAAGUAAUACAUUCAUAUUGACCUCAUCGUUGAAGAAAAGCUAUGAAAGAAUUCUAUUGGCAGUUAGUCAGAAGUGGCCUGUUCUUUUAUAUGGCCCCUCUGGCUCUGGGAAAUCUGCUUUUAUUGCCAAGCUAGCUCAGGAUAGUGGAAACAGAGUUCUAUCUAUCCAGAUGGAUGAUCAAAUUGAUGGUAGAACAUUGGUUGGAAGUUAUGUAUGCGCAGAUAGGCCUGGGGAAUUCAGAUGGCAACCUGGGUCACUAACUCAGGCUGUGCAGAGUGGUCGUUGGAUUGUUUUUGAGGACAUCGACAGAGCACCAUCUGAUGUACAAGCCAUUUUAAUGCCUUUAUUGGAAGGGGCUGCUUCGUUUAUGACAGGACAUGGAGAGGUAAUAAGGGUGGCAGAAAGUUUUCGAAUGUUUUCAACUGUUUCCGUUUCAAAUUUCGACAAUGCAGGUCAACUUAGUGUGCUUUGGAGAAGAGUGAUGAUUAGGCCACCAGAUAAUGAAGAUCUGCGAGAGAUAGUCAAACUGAAAUAUCCCUCUUUGGAGCUCCAAGUUGACAAAAUUACAGAAACCUUCGAAAGAGUUAACUCUUUUUCCCAGUUAAUUGCUGGCUUUCAUGCUGGAACUUCUGCUUCUGGUGAUGGUGACAAAAGAUUCUCAUUAAGGGAUCUCCUUAAAUGGUGCAACAGGAUUGUAGGCUUAGGUUUUUUCUUUGGAAGUAGCUUAUCGGAAUACCAACUUUAUUGUGUAUAUAGAGAGGCUGUUGAUGUUUUUGCGACAUAUUCAACCUCAGUUAAAAACCGGUUGUCUAUAAUGAAAGAAAUAGCAAAGUUGUGGAGGGUACCAGUUUCUGCAGCUGAGACCUUGUAUCCCCAUGACAAACCUAUAAUUCAGGAUUCUGUCACAGAUUUAACCAUAGGCCGAGUUUCUCUCCAAUACACUAAAAAACCUUUACGUGAGAAUAUAAGACCUUUGGUAGAGAUCCGGAGUUCGCUGCAUGUAUUAGAGCGCAUAGCGUGCUCUGUCAAGCAUAAUGAGCCUGUACUCCUAGUUGGAGAAACUGGUACAGGGAAGACUACACUUGUUCAGAAUUUGGCUGUAAGGCUUGGUCAGAAGCUUACUGUUCUGAACAUGAGUCAGCAAAGUGAUGUUGCGGACUUGCUUGGGGGUUUUAAGCCUGUUGAUGCACAGUUUGUAUAUUUCCCUCUGUAUAAUGAGUUUGUGGAUUUAUUUUCCAGGACAUUCUCUAAAAAGAGCAAUAAGGACUUGCUUAGUCGUCUAGAGGUUUUUUUAAUUGAUAAGAAUUGGGAAAUGCUGCUCAAAGGAAUUCGGAGCGUUUCGAAGUCAGUUCAGCUUCGAAUAACUGCACCUUCAGAAAAGCGUAAAAAACUAAAUGAAGAACAAAUUCAAGCUUGGGAGAGAUUUUCUACAAAACUUGACAGAGUCUGCGAAAGUAAUUCGUCUUCAGGGAUGAUGUUUUCUUUUGUGGAAGGAACUUUUGUAACUGCUCUUAGAAAUGGUGAAUGGAUUCUACUUGAUGAGUUGAAUUUGGCACCUCCGGAGACCUUGCAGAGAAUUAUUGGUGUUCUAGAAGGGGAAAAUGGGGCUUUGUGUUUAGCUGAACGAGGUGAUGUUGAUUAUGUAAAUCUUCAUCCAAAGUUCCGUAUAUUUGCUUGCAUGAAUCCAGCAACAGAUAUUGGGAAGCGGGAUUUGCCAAGGUCUUUGAGAAGUAGAUUUACAGAAUAUUUUGUAGAUGAUGUUUUGGAUGAUGAUGAUUUGAGUCUAUUUGUUAGUCAGUACAUCUCUAUUGGCAAUAAGGGUCAAAAGCUGGUAAAUAAAAUUGUAAGUUUCUAUAAAUCAGCAAAGAAAGAUUCUGAAGAGAGGUUGCUGGAUGGUGCUGAUCAGAGCCCUCAAUUCAGUUUAAGGUCUCUUUAUCGUGCUCUAGAAUAUACAAGGAUAGCAGAGAGAAGAUUUGGAUUUCAAAAGGCAUUAUACGAUGGCUUUAGUAUGUUUUUCCUCACAUUGUUGGAUGUACGCAGUACUGAAAUAAUGAGGCAAAAGAUAUCUUCUCUACUUUUAGGAGGGCAUAUACCUCCAGAUGACACCUAUUUAACCUUCAAAUCUGAAAGUGACUAUAUUUUAACCAAGAGUGUCAAGGAGCAUCUUCGGAAUUUGGAUCGUGCUGUUCUCAUAAAGAGAUAUCCCGUCCUCUUACAGGGUCCCACAUCUAGUGGAAAAACUAGCCUUGUUCGGUAUCUUGCUGCAUUAACUGGUCAUGAGUUUGUAAGAAUAAAUAAUCAUGAACACACUGAUUUGCAAGAUUAUCUAGGUUCUUAUAUAACUGACACUAGUGGAAAGCUUGUUUUUAAUGAAGGUGUUUUGGUUAAAGCUGUAAGAAAUGGUUACUGGAUUGUAUUGGAUGAGCUUAACCUGGCUCCAUCUGAUGUGCUGGAGGCAUUGAACCGAUUGCUUGAUGAUAACAGAGAGCUUUUUGUUCCUGAACUGCAAGUAACAAUUAAAGCACAUCCAGACUUUAUGCUUUUUGCCACUCAAAAUCCACCAUCUUAUAAUGGGCGUAAAAUUUUGUCCCGUGCAUUUCGUAAUCGUUUUGUAGAGAUUCAUGUUGGUGAAAUUCCUGAUGAUGAGCUGAGUACAAUUGUGGCAAACAAGUGCAAAAUUCCUGAUAGUCGUGCAAAAAAAAUGGUUGGUGUCAUGCAUGGGCUUCAGACACAGGGUUCUAGUAAAAAAGACUACAAACAGUUUGCUGUUCGUCAUGGAUUCGUUACUCCUCGGGACUUGUUCCGUUGGGCUGAUCGUUACAGGAAAUUUUGUGUGUCUACUGACGAUUUGGCCAAAGAUGGUUAUUAUCUUUUGGCUGAAAGGCUACGGGAUGAGGAUGAGAAGUCUGUUGUUCGAGAAGUUCUAGAAAAGCAUCUAGGGGUUAAACUGAACAUAAAUAAUUUGUACGAUCAGAUACCUCCUGGAGGCAACAAUUAUUCCAAUUUGGAUGUUGUGAAAGGAUGUUCGGAGAUUCUUCAUAGUGUAUUCUUGACCAAAAGCAUGCAGAAGUUGUUCUUCCUUGUGGAGCGCUGCUUUCAAUUACGUGAACCUGUAUUGCUUGUUGGUGAAACGGGUGGAGGGAAGACUACUGUAUGUCAGUUACUAAGUGCCUAUUUGCAGUUGAAGUUACAUAUUUUGAACUGUCAUAAGCAUACAGAAACAUCUGACUUCAUUGGGGGGUUCCGUCCUCUAAGAGAGAGAUCUAGACUGAUUUCUAACUAUAAAGAGAUCGUUGAACAACUGAAGAAGCUAGAGGGAUUUAGAUACUUUCCUGAAGAGCCAUUAGUUUCUUCUGACAUAGAGCAAGCUGCCUCAACCCUUGAUCUGCUUAAUGGCAUGAUAAGGAAAUAUAAAGAAGGUCAAAUUCAGAUUCCUGAUGUCAGCAGGGAAGAUCUUUGUGCUUUUGAGCAGUUAAAGUUUGAGCUCGAUGUCUUGCACAAGAAGUGGCAGAGCAUAUUUGAAUGGCAGGAUGGUCCCCUUGUAAAAGCAAUGAGAGGGGGUGAUCUCUUUCUUGUUGAUGAGAUAUCCUUGGCUGAUGAUAGUGUACUUGAGAGAUUGAAUAGUGUGUUGGAGCCAGAAAGGAUGCUGUCUUUAGCUGAAAAAGGAGGGUCUAAUAUGGAGAAAGUAACUGCACAUUCAAAUUUCUUUGUUCUUGCUACAAUGAACCCCGGUGGUGAUGUUGGAAAGAAGGAACUAUCUCCGGCUCUGCGCAAUCGCUUCACAGAGAUAUGGGUUCCUCCUGUUAGCGAUCUAAAUGAGCUUGAAGGCAUUGCGCUGAGAAGAAUUUCCAAGCUUAAAAAUGCGGGAAACAUAAAGGAAGAUUAUCGUGAAAGGCUCCUGGAAGUUGUUAAUGCUAUGAUAAGUUUUUUUGAGUGGUUCAACCAAAUACAUCCUAGCAGAAGGCUUACUGUGAGAGAUCUCAUUUCUUGGGUUGACUUUUUGGAUGUAAUGGAAGAAACCUUAGGUCCUGAAUAUGCACUUCUUCAUGGAAUCUUUCUUGUUUUGCUUGAUGGAUUAAGUCUAGGCACUGGAAUUUCAGAAAGGUAUUCUAAAGAGCUAAGGGAGAGAUGUCUAUAUUUUCUUCUGCAAAAGCUGAGAGUUGAUGAAGGCAAUUUGUUACAUUCGAAGCUUUCAAGAAUGGAAAGUUAUGGAUGGGGUGAAUUUGCCGCAACUUCAAAUAUCUUGCAUAUUGACAAUUCUCAAAUUGAUGCUUUAUUUGGCAUCGAUCCAUUCUAUAUCAAGAAAGGUUCUGGCCAUUGUGAGGAUGGCUAUUUUGAUUUCAAGGCACCAACUACCCGCAAAAAUGCCUUUAGAGUUUUGCGUGCGAUGCAGCUUUCAAAGCCUGUUCUACUGGAAGGUAGUCCUGGUGUUGGUAAGACAAGUUUAAUCAUGGCUUUGGGGAAAUGUUCUGGGAACAGAGUGGUACGGAUAAACCUAUCUGAACAGACUGAUAUGAUGGAUCUAUUAGGAUCUGAUUUACCAGUGGAAAGUGAUGAAGGCAGGAUGUUUUCCUGGUCCGAUGGGAUACUAUUGCAGGCCCUCAGGGAAGGCUGUUGGGUUUUGCUAGACGAGCUUAAUCUUGCUCCACAACCUGUUUUAGAGGGUUUAAAUGCUAUUUUGGAUCACCGAGCUGAGGUAUUUAUACCAGAGCUAGGAAAUACCUAUAAAUGUCCACCAUCGUUUAGAGUUUUUGCCUGUCAAAAUCCAUCACAUCAAGGUGGUGGCCGGAAAAGCCUUCCAAGAUCAUUUCUAAAUCGUUUCACCAAGGUAUAUGUAGACCAGUUAGUUGAGGAUGACUAUCUGUCAAUUUGUGAAUCAAAAUAUCCAACUAUCCCCACACCUUUACUCUCAAAGUUAAUAUUAUUCAAUCAAAGGAUGCAUGAAGAGACCAUGUUGCAUCAUAAGUUUGCUAAGGAUGGUCUUCCAUGGGAGUUUAAUCUGCGUGAUGUUUUUCGAUCUUGUGAAAUAAUUGAAGGGUCACCCAAGAAGAUGGGAGAAUAUUCUUUCUUGAACAUUGUCUAUAUUCAGAGAAUGCGUUCUCCAGCUGACCGCAAGGAAGUUUUAAGGCUUUUCACUGAGGUAUUUGGGGUGACGCCGUUUAUAAAUCCAUAUCCUCAUGUUAAGCUUGAUUCAAGUCAUUUAAUUGUGGGGAAUGCUACUGUUAAGAGGAGUCAAGUCCAGUUAUCUGUGCCCAACAAAAGUAAGCUUCUUAUACUUCCGGAAAUUUGUCAAAGUUUGGAAGCUAUUGCUCAGUGUGUAGAGCGCCAAUGGUUAUGCAUCUUGAUUGGCCCCUCAAGCUCGGGGAAAACUUCAUUGAUAAGAUUACUUGCUAAUCUCACAAGCAAUGUACUUAAUGAAAUAAAUCUUUCAUCUGCAACUGAUAUCUCUGAAUUGCUUGGAUCUUUUGAACAAUAUGAUGCCCUACGUAAUUUUCACUGUAUUGUUGUUCAAGUUGGGCACUUUUUUAAUGAGUACAGCAAUUUGCAAUUGGAGGCUUCAAAGGAAUUAAUUUUUAGGCACAGAGAUUUAUGUAGAAGAUGGACUACUUUCUUGUCCAGCUUGAACUUUGACAGCUUGGCUGCUUCUGCUUCAAAUUAUUUCGAAAACUGGAAGCAAGUUGUUUGUUCUCUUAGUUUGCUUGCUGAGAUAAUUGAACAGCUUAAGUUGAAUUUAGAAAAUAAUCCUCUUCCUGUAUCCUAUUCUACCAAGGAUCUAGAUUUGGUAUUGAAGACAAUUUUGAAGCUGAAAGCAGAUGAUCAGAAAAGAUUGAUUUCUACCAAGUUUGAAUGGGUUACUGGAUUAUUGAUAAAGGCUAUAGAGAGAGGUGAAUGGAUUGUCUUGGACAAUGCAAAUCUAUGCAACCCUACGGUUCUUGAUAGAAUUAACUCUUUGGUGGAACCUAGUGGCUCAAUUGUGGUCAAUGAGCGUGGAAUUGUUGAUGGGAACCCCUAUGUUGUCCAUCCACACCCAAAUUUCCGCCUGUUUCUCACGGUGAAUCCCCACUACGGUGAAGUUUCUCGGGCAAUGCGAAAUAGGGGUGUUGAAAUAUUUAUGAUGCAGCCUUAUUGGGCAUUGAAUGAUACAGUUGGAUACAACUGUGAGAAUGAAGAACUCAAAGAUGUGAAGAGAUUUCUUGUUUUGUCUGGUAUCCCUGUUGCUCCAAUCGUUGACUACAUGGCAAGAGCCCACAUUUAUGCUAAGAAAGAAGGUUCAGAGAUUAAUGUUCGCAUAACCUAUCUUGAGCUGUCGCAUUGGAUUCAUCUUUUUCAGCAACUUCUUAUGAAUGGCUGUCAUCUCAUUUGGAGUCUGCAAAUAAGUUGGGAACACACAUAUAUCUCCUCAUUUGGUGAUGUUAAAGGAGAGAAAAUAAUAAAUUUCGCAAAAACAGCGUUUUUAUCCGAAAGUAAUUUGUGUGGAUAUGGCUGUUAUCCAGACUUUCCUUUAGGUUUACCCGGUGGAUGGCAAGUGCCAUUGAGGUUAGUGGAUUAUACAUGCUACUCAAGAGAAGCGUGCACUAAACAAGAUUGCAUGUAUCUGGAGUUUCUUGGUAGGCAGUUUGCUGCACAACAAUAUCAAAUUGCUCGGAAAAAGUACUCAACAACUUCUCCGCAAACUUCUCUUGCCUGUUGGAACCACUAUUUUGUAGAUAUAAAGACAUUGCAAGAAAUUAUGUUUCCAAAGUCUUCCAAAGUCGUUUUUGCAGAAUAUGAAAAGGAAACUGAAAUUGACUUGGAGAUGACAAAUAAAAUGCUAUCCUUUGCUGCCAGCUGGACAUUUGAGCAGGCAACUGAAAAUGACUUUAAGUAUUAUCUGCUCUGGUUUAAUUGGUUUGGUUCUCAGUUGCAGCCCUUCUGUCAGUUCUUCCAUGACUUUAUUAAGUUGAUGAAGAAAAUGAUGGAGCAUCCAAUUUGGAAAUACAUUGCAUGCUGUGACCCACUUGAUUUUGGUUUGCAGUCAAUUCCUAUGUUGUCAUUUGAUUUAGUUGAUUUGGUUGCAUCGAAUAGCCAAAUUAACUAUAUCUGUAAUGCCAUUCGCUGCAUUGAUCCAUUAAGGUUAACUUUGCAGCAGCAAUAUUCUGAGAGCGAGCAUAGUUUUACUGAUGGAGCUAGGUUCUUUGUUCCACUUUUGAAAUCUCUUCAUGUAUUGGAAGAUGAGUUCCUUAAUAAACUUGUUACUUCAAGUCCUAAGCUAAUUGAGUGUUCAACAUUUGAUUAUUUAAUACAGUCCUACACUAACCUUAUUGAGGAUCAUGUGCUAUUUUGGCAACACCUGAUUUCUUCAAAGUUUGAUCUAUUGCUAAUUUCUUGGCAUUCUUUGGUGAAAGAUGCUGGAAAACUAAUGAAGAUCUGUCCAGAAGUGGUAGAGAAUUUUCUGAUGGAGAGCAAAAAUUUGGAGGGGUAUUCUUUUCCGGAAAAAUCCUUGCUGUGGAUUUAUGGUGGUCACCCGUUUUUGCCCUCUUCCUCUGCUUUACAUGAUAAACAACAACAACUUUUAAACUUUGUUGAAAGGUUUUGGCCACGAAAGACAGCAUCUGCUAAUCAAGAAUCAGGACAUCUCCUUGAUGUUGUUGCAUCAUUUGAUCAAGAUCUUCGCUUUGGUGUGAUGGAAGCUGUUUCAAUGUCACCAUUUAUAAUGGAGAAAUGGGGUCAUGAUGGUGAUGAUCUGCAAAUUGUUAAGCAGUUGGAGGAGAUGUAUCAGAUGCUGUUAAGAAGGUUUGAACAUGAAAAAAAGAAGUUGCAGAUGAAUACAGGACACAGAGACUCUUCAUCUGUUGUAGAAAGUUCUGCUUCUUGUUGUUCAUUUACUCCCGAAAUGUUGUGUCAAAUGUCAGGAUUUGAGAGUUUGCAGGAUACAUUUCCACCACUGGAUUAUACCAGUUUAUUCUGGGAUAUGGAGUUGCUACAGGAGCUCACCUCAAUUCACUGGGAUGAUUUCAAAGGGGCAGACCGAAUUAUGGACUAUCUUACAAUCAAUCUGGACAAUGCAUUAAAGUUUUCAUUGCGUUUAUCAUCAAUCCCUCCACAAAUGUUUUCUCCCCAAAGAAAGAUAUUGUGGAUCCUGAGUGAAUGGACCUCGGUGGAUGCAGGGAUUAAGAAGAUUGCAAGCUUUAUUCUAGAGAUGUGGUUUACGUGGCAUGAAUCAUUGUGGAUAUGCUUUCCUGACUUCAUUAAGAAUUUCUCAAAGGUUGAAGGUUUUGAUGUAAGCAGUGUUGCUAUACCCCCCAUACUCGUGCAGCCCGUCAAUGCAUCAACUGUUUUCCAUAUCACGAAAAACACUCGUGCUAUCAAGGAACUUCCAGUGCAAUGUCAUAAGUUUAGAGUUACAAUGUCUAAUUUGUGGCGUUGCUCUUGUCAUGGACCUGAUCUAUCCAGCUUUCUUUUAUUAGCGGCCCGUGCUCUUCUUCAACAGAUUGUCUAUGCGCACAAGAAAUCUUUUGAUGUGGAUCAGUUCGAAGGAAUCAAGUCUAGUUUCUGUUCUUUAGAGAAUAAUGCAGUCACGGAAGAAGGAAUCAAUUUGGUGAGCACUCUCAUUGCUUCUUCAAGCCACCAUAGAUUGAAAAACUCAGUGCCCAAAAUCAUUGUUCCGCUGCUUAGUGAGCUGUAUCUUCAGUCUAAUUCUGAUGAUUUCAGUUAUAGCAUUGGUUGUGCAUGGGUACAUAUUGGAGGAUUACGCAUUCAUCUGCUGCUUAGCAGCUAUAAUGUUGAUCCUGCCGUUAAGUACUCUUGCAAGUAUUCUCAUAUUGAAGAAAUGGUAUCAUCACUUGAACUUGAAAUUCAGGUGCGGAAAGAAUGUGGGUAUUUAUCAGGACAGUUUUUCACAAGAGAAGCUGAUAAAAGGAAGGCAGAAAGGCUAGAAAAGCUUCAAGCAGAACAUAUGAAGCUUCAAAGAAAGAUUGUCUUCCGCCCUGAACCAUGGAAAUACAAGAGGUUAAUGAAUGAAUGUAAUGAGUUUCUAAAACAACUUGCUUUGUUGGAAGAUUUGAAAAGCAGUAUUAAAGUAAAGGAAUUUCAACAGGUUGCUGAUCGGGCUCGGAACUGGCAGGAAACAGCAACACGUUUCAUUGAUCGGUUGACGGAUGAAUACGUUUGUUUUAAUGAUAUUAUUCAACCAAUUCAAGUUGCUGUGUAUGAGAUGAAAUUCGGAUUGUCACUGAUUCUGUCAAGUAGCUUGGAAAAAGAAUAUCUUGCUAGACUUGGGCUUGAAAACAUCAUCCUGGAUAUGGAAAUACUAUACACAAUUAUGCGCUUCCCGCAUGCAACUUCACGCAAGUUUAUCUCUCUUAGGAAUGACAUUAGACAUGACAUGCAUCUAUCAUACACACUUGAUUUUGGUAAAGGAUUUUACUCGCUUGAUAUUGCUUUAAUGGAAAGGCUUAUGUCUCUCUCCAGUGGCAUUGCUGCUAAUAUGAAGGUAUCUUCAUUGCAAUAUCGAGCUUCUGUCUAUCAGAACAUUCUUGUUCAGCUUGCACAUUCCAUAGCACAUGCAAAAGUAAUGGAUGUUAAAACUUAUAUGCUCUUGCACAAGAUAUUUGAUGAGUUUGCAACCCUUUGGAUGGGUAUGAAAGUUCAUGCUAAGUCCAAAAGUGAUUAUGAAUCUCAGCAAUACAAGUUUAAACCUCGAGCUUUCCAAAUCGAGAGUGUUAUUGAAGUUGACAUGCCAAUUCUUGCAAAAUUAAGUGCAACUGAAACCUUUUCAGAAUGGGAACAAUUUUCUUCCGAGGAAAAACCCAAUGAUACAACGGAACAGUCAAUGGAAUGUGAAAUAUUGGAUGAAGAAUGGAAGGAACUGGAAGAGUCUAUUGUUAGCAAUGUGGUUCUCAUUCACAACCAGUUAUUUGGAUCUAGUGAUCUUGUCCAGACUUCGGGAUCUUUCAAGGUUUCUAAUGAAGAUUGGUUGCAUUCCUUCAGUGACUCAUAUUCUUUGGGAAUUGAUUUAAUGAAAGGAAUCCAUUCUUCAAUUUUGCCCAGAUUAGAUGUUAAACUGAUGCCAGAGCACUUACUUUAUCUCUGUUUAGACUAUCAGAGGAAGUUUAUUUCAUCUCACAAAUCUGACACCAGAUACAAUUUUUACAAGGAUCCAAAUGCUCCAGAGAUGGCAAAUAUGUUGAAAGUACUUGCACCUCUCCAUCGGGAGAUCCUAUCCGUGCUAAAUGAGUGGGAAAAUCAUAAUGAUCUCCAGAAAAUUUCAGACGUAAUUGACAUGCUCUUGUCUCUUCCUUCGAAUAUCCCGUUAGCAAAGGCCUUCUCAGGAUUGCAGUUUCUACUGCACAAGGCUCAACUUAUGCAAGAACGUGGUUCAAAGUUCCCCUUCCCAGACAAAUUGAAUAAUAUUUAUGAUCUAUUGUCGUCAUGGCAAAAGAUAGAACUGGGCUCUUGGCCUGGUUUGCUUGAUGAGGUGAUGCAUGGAUAUGAGCAUAAUGCUGGCAAAUUAUGGUUUCCUCUGUAUUCGAUUCUUCAGACCAGUUCUCCAUGUGCACAAUCCAUUGUCCAGAGCCUGGAAGACUUCAUUCAAACAUCCAGCAUUGGUGAAUUUGGGAAACGUCUCCAGCUUCUUUUUGCUUUCCUUAAACAAAACCAUACAAGUGUGUGCCUAGAAUAUGAUUCCAGGUCUUUUCGAAUUAAGCAGUUGGGAUACUUAUACAAUAUAUUUGGUUUUUAUGUGCAGUUCUUACCAAUUGUAUUGAAGUACAUUGAUGCCAGUAAGAAAGAAAUUGAGACUGAACUAAAAGAAUUGGUAAAACUAUGCCGAUGGGAUGAUAGUAAGAGUUAUGCAUCCAUUGAGAAGUUGAAGAAGAGCCGGCAAAAGCUGAAGAAGCUUAUGCAGAAGUAUACUGAUGUUCUGCAAGAGCCAGUGUUGUUAUUCCUCAACCAAGAAGCUGCACAAAGAGGAGCCAAAGCUCAAUCUUUUCGUGGGCACAAGCUUAUUUAUGAUGUUAUAAAUAAGGGCUUGCUCAGUGGUGCAGUUGAUUUGACAUUGUUCAGUGGUGAAAACAGAUCACUGUGGUUUGAGAAAUGUGGUGAAAAAUUGGAUAAAGCUUUGCAGAAUUUACAGCUUAAGAGAAAUGUGCAAUUUUCGUCAACAACAUAUGAUGAUAUUGGAAGCGUAUUCAGAGCUUGUGGUGUCUCCCAGCAUAAACUUCACUUGCAGGGAUGGAAAGACAUGUGGAAUAUGAUCGAAAACAUAUAUGACACAGCUGUUCACUGUGGUGAUAUUUGGAACAAAGAAAAAAAGAGUCGUGGAAAGAGAAGAGCUUUGUCCGAUCUACUUAAGCUUUUAGAGAGCAGUGGGUUGUCACGACACAAGUCUGCAUAUGAGGAGGAUCAGCAUAAAUCUUGGUGGUUUCUUGAAAUUUUUGGGAACGUGGAUCAUUUACUAUUAACAAAUAGUAAGCUACCUCUUAUAACAUCAGAAGAUGCUGCUAAAAUUGAAGAUAAGAAUGUCCCGGAAGAAAGCAUGCUUAUAGAAUGGAAGACAGCUAGUGAACAUUAUUUCAGAAGUGUUAUCUCUGUGCUUUUUUUGCAGCAGAUAUGCCUUAAUCCUCAUAAAGAUAUAACUCUUGAACAGGUUGAUAGGUCCAAUUCUUUUCUCAAUCAACUCAUUGGAAUACAAAAGAAUCAACUGGCUUCUGCCAGUGAUUUUGGCAAGCAAUUGAAAUGUUUAAGAGAAUGUGUUUAUACUCUGGCAAAUUUGUUUAAAGUCUCCUUGGAUGCUGAUAACAGUACUGUUGAUAUGUGUUCUAUUAUUCCAAAUCAGUUUGCCACUUAUAAAUGCCUGUGGCAACAAAAACAAUUAUUUGAUAGUCUAUGUGCUGUGUCACAUGAGCAAAUGCUUUUGUUAAGGACAUUAGAGCAUAGCCAUUUACGCACUUGUGAAAGAGCAUGUUCUUCAGCCAGUCAGAUGAUUGCUUAUAUUGACGAAUUUUUACCGUCGUUCUGCAAAUCAAAGGAAUCAUUGGAUCGUUACCUGAUUGGGGGGACGAAAGCUGUCACUGCAUUGACUUCAACCACACACAUUUGCAUUGUUACACAAGAUAUGGAGCAGCUGUUAACCGAAAAUUUCAAGGCUUUAAAUGUGUUCAACUCACGUCUUCUAGAACUGUGGGAGCAUGAUCCUGAUAGGUGCAAAGUCAAAGAAAUUUUGAUUCAUCAAUUUCAAGAAAUAAUUGAGAAGGCAAAAUUAAUUGAGGAAGAGUUAGCCAUUGCGAAAAUGGAAAGUUCCAUUCCUGUAGAGUCAUCUGCUAAACAUAGCUCUGAUGGAAAAAGCUGUGAAGAGCUCAAUGCUGACUUCGAUCAGGCCCUUGCGUCUACAUAUCAACAUAUUGCAACUGUUUUCCAAAAUAUAUGUUUGUCUAGCAACAUCCCUACUGUUGAAGAGUCCAUGGUAAAUCUUGGUACGGGGGAAUUGCUAUUUCAGUCAUUUGUUGCAAAUCUCAGCUUGGACAUGCUGUGUGAUAAGAUUUUCAAAACAGUUGCUUUUGGGGAGAAGUUGGUCAAUCAUGCUGACAAUAAAGUCAACAGCUAUUCUUGCAAAGUAGGAGCCAGCUUUAGAGAUCUACAUAUGCUCAUGGACCUAUUGCUGAAUUUCAGUAAAGAGCUCAUGGAAAAUUUCUUAGACAUGCACAGAUCUGUUUCAGUUACAACUCAUGUGAUUGCAACUAUUUUAGCAUCUUUGUUUUCGGAAGGUUUUGGAGUAUCUAGUGAAAACCGGGAUGAAGAUGGUAACCUCAAAUCAUCUGAAGAUGCUAAUGGAACUGGCAUGGGGGAGGGUGUAGGACUGAAUGAUGUCAGUGAUCAGAUUAAUGACGAAGACCAGCUGCUGGGAUCCCGUGACCAGCAAAAUGAAAAAUUAAAUGACUCCAAGGAUGUCCCUAGUAGCAAUAAUUCUGGUAUUGAGAUGGAACAGGAUUUUACAGCUGAUGCAGUAAGCCUAAGUGAGGACUCAGGGGAUGACGAAGAUAUUGAUGGUGAGAAUGAUGAACUUGAAUCUGAAAUGGGGCCAACUGGGCCAGAUAGUGAAGCAGUUGAUGAGAAAUUCUGGGAUAAGAACGAAGAUGAAACUCCGAAUGAUUCAAAUGAAAAAUAUGAAUCUGGACCUUCAGUUAGGGAUCAAGAUGGAAGCACUAAAGAGAUGAGAGCUAAGGAUGAUGCCACAGAUGAAACUGGCAAUGGUAAUUAUGACGAAGGCAAUGCUCAGAAUGAUGAAACUGCGAGCCAAGAUGAAACUGGGGAUGGAGACAAUGUAGAAGAGUUGAAUAUGGACAAGAAAACAGCAUAUUCUGAAUCUACUGGGUUGAUGCCUGAUGAGUUAAAUCAAACUUCUGACAUGGAUGAGGAUUUGGAUAUGGGGGAAGAUGCAGAACCCAUGGAAGAGGGAGAUCCUGAAGGACAAGGUGAGUUAGCUGAGAAUGAAAUGCAAGAAGGGAACCAGGGGGAUGAGACAGGCCUCCCUGAUGAAAUUAUGGAAGAAGCUCAUACUGAAAUUGAUGCAACCACAGAAAAGGAAGAUGUUGGACAGGGCCAAAAGAAUACUGAGAUGGAUCUCAUGGAUCCUAAGAAAGAUACAUCUGAAUCUUCUGGUAUGGUAAACGAUCAAAUUUUCACUGCUAAAUCGUCAUCACAGUCUAAUGUUGAUCGGCAGACUUCCAGUUCUGAAAAUAUAACAGCAGAACCUGAAUUUUCAAAUAGCCAACAUAAUAUUGAUAAUCCUGCUCUCUUGGGAGGCUUUCCUUCUAAUAGUAUGUCUGAGAUGGAUAUUAAGAUGUCAGAUUCAUCAAAUACUGGAGGAAUCAAUGAAAAUCGAUCUGAAUCCCAUCUUCCGCAGAAUGAGCAUUCAUUUAUUCAGGAAAACCAACCUAAUCCUUAUCGAAGUGUAGGGGAUGCACUUGAGCACUGGAAGGAAAGGGUUAGGGUGUCUGGUGAUCUUCAGGAAAAUAACAUGGAGCAGCAUGGUGAAAUGGACGAUGAUAAUGCAGAUGAAUAUGGCUAUGUUUCAGAAUUUGAAAAGGGGACAGAUCAGGCUUUGGGGCCUGCAUCAAUGGAGCAGGUUGACAAAAAUGUUGAUGGUGACACCGAUAAAGAAUGUCUUGCUGGAGAAAAAGAUGCAGCGAUGCAGAUUGAGAAGAAAAAAUCAGAAAUAAAUUCUCUGAGUAACUCCUUGUCUUUCCCCAAAACUGAAAAAAGGGAGCAAAUUAAUAUGCCAGACAUCGAGAAGACGCCAGAUGAGGGGUCAUUUAAACCUGUUACCGGUCAACGUAUUGAUCUUGAAAAUCGCUCUGAAGAUUUGGUUUCUUUCCCGAAAUCAUACUUAAGCGAAAACACAGAAAAAUUAGGACAACUUUCUGUGCAUGACAAUGAUUUGGGCAAAGGUCAAGAUGCUUCUGAUGAUCCUAGUUGUGAGCAUGACGCAACUGCUCUUUGGAGGAGAUACGAGGUUAGCACAACAAAAUUGUCUAUGGAGUUAGCUGAACAAUUGCGCCUUGUAAUGGAACCAACUGUAGCCAACAAGCUGCAAGGUGAUUAUAGAACUGGCAAAAGGAUAAAUAUGAAAAAGGUGAUUCAAUUCAUAGCAAGUUACUAUACUAAAGAUAAAAUAUGGAUGAGGCUGACCAGACCCAACAAGCGUGACUACCAAGUAGUAAUUGCUGUUGAUGAUUCACUCAGUAUGUCGGAGAGUAGUAGUGGUGAUGUUGCUAUCGAAGCUUUGGUCACGGUAUGCCGUGCCAUUUCUCAACUCGAAUUGGGGAGCUUUGCUGUUGCAAGCUUUGGAACCAAAGGAAACAUAAAGUUACUACAUGACUUUGACAGGUCAUUUUCUGUGGAGGCUGGAAUAAAGAUGGUCUCUAAUUUGACAUUCAAGCAAGAGAAUACUAUAGUUGAUGAACCAGUUCUUGAUCUGUUAAAGUAUUUAACCAACAAAUUAGAUUCUGCGGUUGUACAAGCGCGCCUUCCAUCCGGUCAUAACCCUCUACAGCAACUUGUAUUAAUAAUUUCAGAUGGUAUUUUUCAUGAAAAGGAGAGAUUGAGGCGACGCGUUAGAGAUUUAUUGACUAGUAAUCGAUUGGUUAUGUUUUUGGUUCUCGAUAAAUCUGAGAAGUCAAUUAUGGAUCUCAUGGAAGCAUCUUUUGAGGACGGAACGCCGAAGUUUUCUAAGUACAUGGAUUCUUUUCCGUUUCCCUACUAUGUCGUUCUGAGGAACAUUGAAGCACUGCCAAGAACUCUUGCAGACCUACUUAGACAGUGGCUGGAGCUUAUGCAGCAUUUGAAUUGACGCAGUUAUUCAGAGUGCAAGUUCUCUUAUAGAAACAUUUCUAGAUUUUUUUUCUCAAUUCUGUAUAGUAGGCGAAAGAAAAUUGUAUAGUGCUACAAUUUUAUAUAUGCAAGUUUCUAGUCUUUCAACAUAAAAAAAAAAAGUAUGCAAGUUUCUCAAUUGAAACUUGAAUGAAUCGCUUUACACUGGAUAUUUAUUUUAUCAGAAAAAUGCUGCAAUAGUUUCUACAAAGAACUACAUAAAAAACAGAGAUUAGGAAUUGUUGGAAUACAGUGGCAUGUAAUCAAAUUGGGAAGAAUGUAACGCCUUUGAAUACUCAAAAUUAAGCCGACUUCAAAA